AGGGUUAGGGUUUUAAAAGGACAAAAAACCCAGAUUUGCAUCUUCAAAUUAUUGUUGAAAACCCCUAAAAAAGAAGCCACUUUGGAGUAUCCUUUGAACUUCAUUUAGAAAGAUGGGUUGGUUUUCAGCUUCAGCUAUGGAGUGGCAGCCAUUUCUCCUACUCUUCGGCGUAUUAAGCUGCGUCGUUUUGGGUGAUGAUUCUUCGGACAAUGCUGUUCUUCUUGAGUUUAAGGAGUCUGUCUCGGAUCCUUCGGGGCUUUUAUCCACUUGGUCCGAGAAUUCCCAUCACUGUUCAUGGUCUGGUGUUACGUGUGAUAAGAAUUCCAAGGUUCUGUCUCUUAACAUAACUGGUUUUGGGAACGGUCCAAAAGGUAUUAGUCUCAACAAUUCAGCUGUUUCUGCUUCAUUUUCUUGUUCUGAUUUCAGUUCAUUUCCGCUUUAUGGUUUUGGUAUUAGAAGGAACUGUGGGGGAAGUAAAUGGAGUUUGUUUGGAAGUUUGUCGAAUUCCAUUGGGAAAUUGAAUGAACUUAGGGUUUUAUCACUCCCCUUCCAUAGGUUUCAUGGUGAAAUUCCUUCUGGAGUUUGGGGUUUGGAGAAAUUGGAAGUGCUUGAUUUAGAGAACAGUUUGUUAUCCGGGAAGAUACCCGUCGCCGUUUCAGGGUUAAAGAAUUUGAGAGUUCUUAAUUUGGGGUUUAAUAGUAUUAGUGGAGGGAUACCUGGUUGGCUUUCGAGUUUGAAGCGAAUAGAAAUGUUGAACUUGGCCGGUACUCUUGUGAACGGAACCGUUCCUGCAUUUGUCGGGAGGUUUAGAGGUGUUUAUUUGUCGUUUACGUGGUUAGGGGGGCCAUUGCCGGCUGAUAUUGGUGAUGAUUGUAGGCUUGAGCAUUUGGAUUUGUCGGGGAACUACUUUGUCGGACCGAUUCCCGCUAGUUUGGGGAAGUGUAAUCAGUUGAGGUCGUUGUUGUUAUAUACCAAUAUGUUUGAGGAAGGCAUUCCGGACGAAAUUGGUCAGCUUCAGAAUCUGGAAGUGUUGGAUGUUUCGAGGAAUAGUUUGAGUGGUCCGAUACCUGUUGAGCUCGGGAAUUGUUCUGCUUUGACUGUGCUUGUGCUUUCAAACAUGUUGAACCCGUACGAUAACCUUGCCAUGAUUAAAGAGGAUGCAAACUAUGUAAACGACGAUUUUAAUUUUUAUCAAGGUGGGAUUCCAGAUGAAAUUACAAAGCUUUCAAAGCUGAGGGUAUUAUGGGCUCCUAGAGCAACGCUGGAGGGAAACUUGCCAAGUGAUUGGGGUUCUUGUGAUAGCUUGGAGAUGGUAAAUUUGGCGCAGAAUUUUUUUUCCGGGAAAAUUCUGAUUGGUCUUGCUGUCUGCAAGAAGAUGAGGUACCUUGACUUAAGCUCAAAUAAGCGCCUUACCGGAGAGCUUGUUGAGAAACUUGCAGUUCCUUGUAUGAGUGUCUUCGACGUCAGUGAAAAUUCCUUGUCGGGUUAUAUCCCAAGAUUCGAAAACCAGGGAUGCCCUGAUGUUCUUACCUCAAAUUCAUAUUCCUCUGAACCCUUCAACCCAACGUCCGCGUAUUUAUCAUUUCUGGCUAGUAAAGUUCAUGCCGGAACAUCUAGAGGAUUUCUCGGCGGAGAGGCUGGUCCUGCUGUGUUUCACAACUUCAGAGCUAACAACUUCUCUGGCAGUGUCGUGUCAAUGCCUAUCGCGCCACAGAGAUUGGACAAACACAUUUCUUAUGCAUUUUAUGCCGGAGAAAACAUUCUAAGUGGACCAUUUCCUGGAAAUUUGCUUGAGAACUGCAAUGGAUUGGGUGCACUGUUUGUAAAUGUCAGCUACAACCGAGUUUCUGGUCGGAUUCCUGAUGAAAUCAGUAAACUUUGCAAAUCUCUCAAGUUUCUGGAUGUGUCUAUGAAUCAAAUAACUGAGCUGGUUCCCCCGAGCAUUGGAGACUUGGUUUCACUUGUUUCUCUUAAUUUGAGCUGGAACCUGUUACAAGGCCAGAUUCCGAGCAGUUUCGGGCAGAUGGAGGAUCUCAGGUUUCUUUCUUUGUCCGGUAACAAUCUGACCAGAUCCAUUCCUUCCACACUCGGGCAGUUGCGAUCUUUAGAAAAGCUGGAGCUGUCGUCAAAUUCUCUUUCUGGUGAAAUUCCUGAAAGUCUGGCUAACUUGAGAAACAUGACAGUUCUUUUGCUCAACAACAACAAACUCUCCGGGAAAAUUCCCUCUGGUUUAGCAAAUGCGACUAUGCUUUCUUCUUUCAACGUGUCCUUCAAUAAUUUGUCCGGGCCACUGCCAUCGAGCAAUAAUUUGAUGAAAUGCAGCGGUCUUUUCGGAAACCCUCUUCUACAGCCUUGCCGUUCAUAUUCCUUAAUUCCAUCUUCGGACCAAGCAAGAGCGGGUGAUUCACAAAAUAACGUUGCAUCUUCACCAGAACCUGCAACUCGAAAGAAUAUAACUAAUGGUUUCCGUUCCAUUGAGAUAGCGUCCAUAACAUCCGCUUCAGUUAUUGUUUCCGUUCUUCUGGCACUUGUUAUUUUGUUCCUUUUUACGAGGAAAUGGAAUUCAAGAUCCAAGAUCAGCACCACCAAAAAAGAAGUGACUAUUUUCACCGAGAUUGAGGUCCCUUUGACAUUCGACAUUGUUGUGCAGGCCACUGGGAAUUUCAAUGCUAGCAACUGUAUUGGAAAUGGAGGCUUUGGGUCAACUUAUAAAGCUGAGAUCUCGCCUGGAGUUUUAGUGGCAAUAAAGCGGCUUGCUAUCGGACGGUUGCAAGGCUUCCAACAGUUUGAUGCUGAAAUUAAAAUCCUCGGGAGGUUGCGCCACCCGAAUCUUGUCACUUUAAUUGGUUACCAUGCCAGUGAAACGGAGACGAUCCUUAUAUACAAUUAUUUGCCCGGCGGUAACUUGGAAAAGUUUAUUCAGGAGAGGUCCACGAGAGCUGUGGAUUGGAGGGUACUUCACAAGAUUGCUUUGGACAUAGCCCGUGCUCUUGCCUACCUACACGAUAUAUGUGUUCCGCGAAUCCUCCAUCGUGAUGUCAAACCGAGCAAUAUCUUGUUGGACAAUGAUUACAAUGCUUAUUUAUCGGACUUUGGUUUGGCCAGACUUUUGGGAACUUCAGAAACCCAUGCUACCACUGGUGUUGCUGGAACUUUCGGGUAUGUUGCUCCCGAAUAUGCAAUGACUUGCCGUGUUUCUGAUAAGGCCGAUGUUUACAGUUACGGGGUGGUUCUUCUUGAGUUGCUCUCUGAUAAGAAAGCUUUAGAUCCCUCAUUUUCUCAGUACGGAAACGGUUUCAACAUCGUUCAAUGGUCCUGCAUGCUCUUAAGACAAGGCCAGGCCAAGGAGUUCUUCACAGCAGGUUUAUGGGAUGCAGGUUCCCAAAAUGACUUGGUAGAAGUUCUGCACUUGGCGGUCGUGUGUACCGUCGAUUCUCUCUCGACUAGACCUACGAUGAAUCAAGUAGUACGACGGCUGAAGCAACUUGAGCCACCAUCCUGUUAGGUUCAUGUUAAAAAACUUGUGUCGAUUAACACAGUGCUCGUAGGAGGUAAGCCCCACGGCUCGAUCGAUCCUUAGGUUAGGUAGAGUUCUAAACUGUGUAGGUAUUGCCCAUUUGUAAAUUUUAAUACAGUUUUACCCCAAUUUUUCGAUGCUAUUACGCGGAUGAAAGGGGUUCACUGAUGACUGCUGAUGAGUACAUAUAUUUUUCUUCUUAGUCCAAGUUCUAAACUUGUAAGUUUCAUUUGAUUUCUAAUAAUAGAAUAGAAUAGCUCAU